AUGAGUUCCGGUCUCGGCGCAGAAGUUGUAUCCGUCGUCAACAAGCUUCAAGAUGUCUUUGCCGCUGUCGGCUCGAGUGCAGCUCAGAUAGACUUGCCCCAGAUAUGUGUUCUGGGUAGUCAAAGUAGUGGAAAGAGUAGUGUGCUCGAGAAUAUCGUUGGGAGAGACUUCUUGCCCAGAGGAUCUGGUAUCGUCACUCGACGGCCAUUGGUCCUCCAACUCAUAAAUCGCCCUGCAUCUGCCCCCAUGCCAAAUGGAACCGCCGCCAAAGCCGCUUCCGCCGCCGAGAACGGCGACUCGCAUGCUAACGAGAACGAAUGGGGCGAAUUCCUUCACCUUCCCGGGGAGAAGUUCUACGACUUCAACAAGAUUCGCGCUGAGAUCGUUCGUGAUACCGAGGCGAAGACUGGUCGCAAUGCAGGCAUCUCCCCCGUGCCCAUCAACCUCCGUAUCUUCUCACCUACCGUCCUCACGCUCACACUCGUCGAUCUCCCCGGCCUCACGAAAGUCCCUGUUGGGGACCAACCGAAAGAUAUUGAGAAGCAGAUUCGUGACAUGUUGUUCAAGUAUAUCUCGAAGCCGGCCUGUAUCAUUCUCGCAGUCACACCUGCCAACCAGGAUUUGGCCAACUCAGAUGGUUUGAAGAUGGCGAGAGAGGUUGACCCGGAGGGUUUGAGGACUAUCGGUGUCCUCACCAAAGUUGAUUUGAUGGACACCGGAACCGACGUCAUCGAUAUUCUUGCUGGACGAGUCAUCCCCCUGCGACUGGGAUACGUCCCUGUUGUCAACCGUGGACAACGUGACAUUGACUCCUCAAAAUCCAUCACUGCGGCUCUUGAGCAUGAGCGUCAAUUCUUCGAGAACCACCCGUCGUACAAGGGCAAGGCACAAUACUGCGGUACACCCUUCCUUGCCCGCAAACUUAACAUGAUCCUUAUGCACCACAUUCGCGCAACUCUUCCCGACAUCAAGGCUCGCAUCACCUCCCAACUGCAGAAAUACAGCCAAGAGCUGCAAACACUCGGUGGUCCUAGCGGCGAGGGUAACUCUUCGAGCGUUGUCUUGGGCGUCAUCACCGAAUUUACGAACGAGUUCCGGACGGUCAUCGACGGAAACACGAACGACCUAUCGCUGAACGAGUUGAGCGGUGGUGCCCGUAUCAGUUUCGUCUUCCACGAGUUGUUCAAUAACGGGAUUAAGAGCAUCGAUCCGUUCGACCAGGUGAAGGACGGGGAUAUCAGGACGCUCUUGUACAACUCUUCCGGAUCAACACCAGCUCUCUUUGUUGGGACGACCGCGUUCGAAGUGAUCGUCAAGGGACAGAUCAAGCGUCUAGAGGACCCAUCUUUGAAGUGUUGUCAACUCGUGUAUGACGAGCUUAUUCGAAUUCUUGGUCAACUUCUCCAGAAGAUCCAAGCGUUCAGGCGAUACCCCGCUCUGCGCGAGCGGUUCAACAGCGUCGUUGUCAACUUCUUCAAGACAUCCAUGCAGCCGACGACGAAGCUCGUUACGGAUCUAGUCUCUAUGCAGGCGUGCUACGUCAACACCACACAUCCCGACUUCCUUAACGGCCACAAGGCCAUGUCCAUUGUGACCGACAGACUGAAUGCCAACAAGCCUCCGCCCCAAGCCGCAGACCCGAAGUCGGGCAAACUUGCGCCUGGUCAGAUCAACAAUAACAAGGAUCUGGACGUUGAUGCGAGGAAGGAAGAACCGAGCUUCUUUGGCAGCUUCUUCGCGUCGGGCAAGGGGACUGUGAAGAAGAAGGGCCCCCAGCCGAUGGAGGCACCGCCGUCCAUCAUUCGUCCGCAGUCUGCUUUGAACGAGAGAGAGACGAUCGAGACGGAGGUCAUCAAACUCCUCAUCCACUCCUACUUUAAUAUCGUCAAGCGCGAGAUGAUCGACAUGGUGCCCAAGGCGAUCACGCUCACGCUCGUGAACCACUCGAAGGAAGACCUCCAGAAAGAGCUUCUCCAGGAGCUGUACAAGCCCGAUGUCCUUGACGAGUUGUUGAAGGAGAGCGAGUUCGUGGUCAACAGGAGAAAGGAGGUCGUCGGUAUGGUGCAGGCACUUAAUAAGGCUGAGGAGAUCGUGGCGGGGGUGUAA